UAAAUGGAAGGCAGCAAGUCAUUAAAAGCAGAUGAGGGCUGGCGUAGCUCCACUGUACCUGCAGUUGGUAGGUGCGCAAGGAUACUCAUCUCCACAAAAGUUCUACUGGCUCCUCUUCGAAAAUUAAUUUGCAUUCCGAGCCCAUGAAUUAAUCGCUUAUCUAAAAUACACCAGUGACACAAAAGGAAACAGAGUGAUGAUUUGAUCGCUGCCCAUUCGAUUUCAUGGGGUUGGGAAUUGCGCACUAUUGGUCACUUUGGUUGGACUGAUUCCCACCAAGCUGUCACUGAGCGUCGAGACGUUGUCUUCACGCGCACACACCUGAAACUUCUUCAGAUCCUGAGCGCCUCGCCCCCAGUUGAUGCCGAGGAUUAUGACUAUGAACGGUGACCACCAGUCGGUCGCAACGGCGCCGCUGGAUCUACGCACCACUAACCGAGACCGUGGGAGCGCCGGGUCGAGGACUCCGGACUGCAAAGGUCGCACCAGGGACUCCCGGGUGACAGGCGGCUCACCUGCACACCCUGCGUGCACAGGAACGGGCAGUUUGGAAGUACGAUGCCCCGCCGUCAGAGGCGCACCGGGCACAGAAACCGGCGCUGCUCGCAAACGGCCAGCGGACAAAUCUUCCCUCAGGCUUCCUUUUAGAAAACGCCCGAUUCAUGUAGAGCCUGAGACGGAAAGGCAGUCACCGGCUCCAGAACCCGGUGCAGAUCGAUCCUCUCCUGCGGCAGACGCGGACUCCACAUUUCGGGAAAGUUUUGCCGGUCGAGCCGCAGAUGAAAGCAGGGUCGGCGCAGCACCAGUGACUCCCAGGCGGGAUGAAGAGACAGGACAGAGUCCACACGGAUACCCCAUACGCUUUUUGCACCCGUUUGAUUACGGUCACUACCCAGUGUACUGUUUGCCCCCUGUCCCAGAGCCGACCCACCCUCUGGACCACGAAACCGAAAACCUGCUGACUGGUAUCGCUCUGGCCACACGUCAAGAUGAAGAUGGGGACACAGCUCUCCAUAUAGCUGUGGUGCAGGGGAAGUUGGCUGUAGUCUACAAACUGAUCCAACUCUUGCUGUGGGCCCGCCGAAGCCUUGACAUCUACAACAACCUCCGUCAGACCCCCCUUCAUCUGGCAGUGAUAACCCAGCAGGCAACCAUGGUGGAAGCUUUGUUGAGAGAGGGGGCCGACCCUGCUGCCUUGGACCGUAAUGGCCAAACGGCGAUUCACCUCUGCUGCGAAUACGACCAGCGUGACUGUCUGUCUGUUGUGCUGUCUCACUCCUCAUCCCCCAAAUGUCUGGAGAUCAGAAACUAUGAGGGUUUGAGCCCUCUCCACCUGGCUGUGCUCCGUGGUCACAGACAUUUGGCCAGAAUGCUGCUGGAUGCAGGAGCUGACAUCAAUGCUAUGGACAUCAAGAGCGGCCAGAGUCCUCUCAUGCACGCAGUGGAGAGCAAUAAUGCAGACAUGGUCCACUUCCUCAUUGAGAGUGGUUGUGAUGUCAACAUCCAGUCAUACAGUGGGAACACAGCCCUGCACGGCGCCUGUGGCCGAGGUCAGGUGGACACGGUUCGGCUGCUGCUGAAGAGCGGAGCUGACAGCAGCCUCAAGAACUACCAUAACGACACCCCUGUGAUGGUGGCCAAGAACAAGAAAAUUGCAGAUGUGUUACGAGGGAGAGGCUCCAACCAGAUAAGAGUUCAAGACCAACACUGUGUGUCUGUCUCGUCACAUGGGAGCAACUUAACGGAAAAUGGGUCCCAUUCUCCCAACCAAAGUCGUGGAUGUUCGCCUUCGACUACACCACACAACCUUCAUUGUGGCACCUCCCACUCCCCAAAGACUCCAUCUGCGCUUGCAUUUCCAUUUUACUAGCUCAAAGUCAUUAUCCAGUGCAACUUGCAACUACCUCCACACAGCCAACCACAAGAGACUUAGGUUCCCGAGAGGACAUCCAGGGGACGGUUCAGCCAGUGGGAUGAUAGACCAGUAAGAGACUGCAUGUGAAAUCAGACUUCCCUUCAAGCUGACCUUCUUUUUCUGGACUCCAUGACAAAAUAUGUCAUAGUUGGUGUUCCUCCUUGGGUUUUGAUGGCCAGACAGAGCGCCUGCAACCUCUCUGCUCAUCCAGCUGCUGCACCGGCUGGACACUCCUCUAAUGACUGGGAGAAAACUGGUGACCUACAAGGUGUUGUGUCCAGCUGGAUUUCUCCACAUGGACCACUGCAUGCAAUCAAGGCUGAUCAUAAAGAACUGUUGAAACUGCCCGGAGGUGUCAGUAAAUGAUGGACUUGGACCUAAACUCAUUGAACUCUGAGUGUUUAAGUAUUUUGGCGUCUACUUUUUGAUAGAUGGCAUGAUAAAGACAGGAAAUGAAGGGAGAGAGAGAGAGAGAGAGGUGGGGGUUAUUACAUGAAACAAAUGUCCCCACCCAGACUUGAACCUGGAACUUUUUGACACCCUAUGUCUUUUAAAAAUUGUAUGCAGUCUCCUUAUUGUAAGGCUUGACAAUUUAACUUGACCUGCUUAAUAUUGCACAGCCAAAUGCCUUCCCUAUGCCUUUUUUUAAUAAUCUACGUCAUCCACAGUGCUUUUCUGGUCUGUUUGUGUGCAUGUGUAUGUGUUGUUUUAUCAUUUUCAAAAGUUGUAGAUAUUUUUUAUAUAAAAUUUGUCCAAUGGA